CGCUCGGAGCCGCGCUCGGUGGCUGUCGCCUCGGAUUGAAUUUCUGCUCGGAGCUGCUCGGAUUUCUUCCCCUCCCCGGAGGUCAGGUUUACAGGCUGCGGUCCGCAGAGCCGCACUUUACCUGGAAGUUUCCCCAGCAGCGGAGCUCCAGCGGCCGCGGCGCGCCGGCGCGGACAGCCGGAGGACAUGGAGCGGCUUUAGGAGGAGACGCAGCCCGGAGGAGGGAACCUCUUCAGGCCGAACAGGAACCACAACCACGUCCAAGAGUUCAGAAAUGUCUUCUGGCAGCAACCUGCGGUCUAAAGAUCAGUUUCUUUGCUCCGUCUGUCUGGAUGUGUUCACUGAUCCAGUCAGCACACCAUGUGGACACAACUUCUGCAAAACCUGCAUCACUCAGGUCUGGGAUGAAAAUGUUUUCUACAAAUGUCCUCUGUGCAACGAGCAUUUCGCCUCCAGGCCUCAGCUGAGAGUCAACACUUUAUUAAGAGAGAUGGUUGAUCAGUUCAGAGGUGAAGCUCAGCAGGAAGCCAGCAGCAGCUCAGAGCAACAAGCUGCCAAACCAGGAGAAGUUCCCUGUGACGUCUGCACUGGACCCAAACUGAAGGCCCUGAAGUCCUGCAUGGUGUGUCUGGCCUCCUACUGCCAGACUCACCUGGAGCCUCACCUGACCGCUCCACGUCUGAAGAAACAUCAGCUGAUGGAGCCGGUGGAGAACCUGGAGGACAGGAUGUGUCUGCAGCACGAUAGACCUCUGGAGCUGUUCUGUAGGACCGACCAGACAUGCGUCUGCUUCCUCUGCUCUGUUUUAGACCACAAGAACCACGAGUUUGUUCCUCUGAGAGAAGAAUCUGAAGGAAAGAAGGCAGAGCUGAGGAAGACGGAGGCUGAAGUUCAGAAGAUGAUCCAGGAGAGACGACUGAAGAUCCAGGAGAUCAGAGAGUCGGUGAAGAUCAGUAAAGAUGCUGCAGACAGAGAGAAAGCUGGAGGUGUUCAGGUCUUCAAGGCUCUGAUAGAGUCUGCUGAGAGAGGCCUGAAGGAGAUCCUCAAGGAGAUCCAAGACAAACAGGAAAAUACAGAGAAACAGGCUGAAGACUUCAUCAGAGAUCUGGAACAGGAGAUCUCUGAGCUGAAGAAGAGGAGCUCUGAGGUGAAGCAGCUCUCACAGGAUGAAGAUCACCUCCACCUCCUCCAGAGAUUCUCCUCCCUGAAAGAUGCUCCACCCACCAAGAACUGGACAGAGGUCAGAGUUCAUCCACCAUCAUAUGAGGGGACUGUAGUGAGAGCUGUGGGUCAGCUGCAGGAGGAGAUGAAGAGGAUGAUGAAGAAGUUGAUGGAGGCUGAGAUGAAGAGGAUCCAGCAGUUUGCUGUUGAUGUGACUCUGGAUCCUGAUACAGCUCAUCCUGAACUCAUCCUGUCUGAUGAUGGAAAACAGGUGAAAGAUGGAGAUGAGAGGAAGAAUCUUCCAGACAAUCCAGAGAGAUUUUCUUAUUGUGUUUUUGUUUUAGGACAGCAGAGUUUCUCUUCAGGCAGAUUUUACUUUGAGGUUCAGGUUAAAGGAAAGACUAAAUGGGAAUUAGGAGUGGCCAGAGAAUCCAUCAACAGGAAGGGAAGCAUCACACUGAGUCCUCAGGACGGUUUCUGGACUGUUUGGUUGAGAAAUGGAAAUGAGUACUUUGCUCUUGCUGACUCUCCAGUCCGUCUCCAUCUCCAUCCUGGUCCUCAGAAGGUGGGGGUGUUUGUGGAUUAUCAGGAGGGUCUGGUCUCCUUUUAUGAUGCAGAUGCUGCAGCUCUGAUCUACUCCUUUACUGGCUGCUGCUUCAAGGAGAAACUCUACCCAUUCUUCAGUCCAUGUAACAAUGAUGGAGGUAAAAACUCUGCUCCUCUGAUCAUCUGUCCUGUUAAUCAGGCUGAUCGUUGAUCUGAUGAUGAUGAUGAAGAUGAAGAUGAAGAUGAUGAUGAAGGUGAAUCUGAGUGACUCUGCAGGUGAAGUCCUGCUGCUGGAGAGGAGAGUUUGGAAACAUCCUCAGCAGGAAAUCAGUUAUUUUCUGCUUCUGAUUAGUUAUAAAGUCAAAUCAAAUUGUUUUAUCUCAGAGUUUAUUUCAUUGUUCUACUGAUUGUGUCUUUUGUUUCAUUUUUCUUGUUUUAUUGAUGAUCAGUUUUAAACCUGUUUCAAUGUUUCAACAUGUUCAUCAAAUCAAAAUGAUUUCUAGUAAUAGUAACAUUUAAAUCUUGUUUUUCCUCAUUAGUUCUGCUUCUUGGUUGUUUGGUCUGAACUUUUAAUCAGAAGUAUAAAUACUGUAUAACAUGUGAUGGAUGAAAAAAUGUGAAAUUGUGGAAUCAACUGUUCCAUUCCUUUUUCAUGUUAUAUUCUUAAAAGCUGCAUGACUGAAUCAGGUAACUUCUUCUCUCCAGUGUUGUUAGUUUCUUGGUGCAGCUCUGUGCUGCAGCCACUGGUGGUUUGACUGCAGGUCCAGUUUGUUGUUGCACCAGCUGAAGGCCUUGCUGGGAUCCACUGUCAGGUUAAAGGUGUCUGGUUUUCAGAUAUUUGAUGUUUUACUGUAGAUUGUCUACAUUUGCUGUGGCCAUGAGGCUAAUGACUCCAUGACACUUUCUGGUUGGUUCAUAUGGAUUUGAUUCAAAAAGCAACUUUAUUCUUUAUUCUUCUGUGUAUUAAAAUUAUUUAUAGAUCAAUAGAUAGGUCUAUAUAAGGAUAA